UAACAAUACAUUCGAAACAUUUCGUCAUUAUGGUAAUGAAAUUAGAUACAACUGUGGCUUUUAGCAGUGUCUGGCGUUAUUGGAGUUUCUUCGGAAUCCAUCCGUUUGCUAUAAAUAAAAAUCUCUACAUAUUAUAUUCGGUGUUUAUUAACAUUGCUGUAACUUUGUUAGCUCCCUUACAACUCAUAGUUCAAGGAUUCUUUGUGGAAUCUUUUGCCGAACUUAUGAGGAAUAUGUCGACAAGCUUUGAACUUGCUGCUUGUUCUCUACAAAUGUGGGUUUUGUUGAUUUAUCGUAAGAAUUUAUUGAAGUCCCAUCAAUAUCUCAAGGAACUGGACAAUCGAGUUGAAGAAGAUCCUGUCGGCAGGAUGUAUAUGGAACAAGUUGUUCGGAAUUGUCAGCGACUAUUUAUUGUUUAUCUAGUGCUCUUUUGGUCAACUGUUGGAACUUAUGGUAUUUCAGCGGCUCUUGCUGGAAGGCUAAUGUUGGAGGGUUGGCUCCCGUUCGAUUGGAGAUCUUCGAGGACUUUGUAUGUGGUUGCGUUUGGGUAUCAAUUGUUUGAUUCGUGUGUUCAGUGCAUGAUGAAUUUGACAACGGAUAUUUAUUCGGUGUUUUACAUUUAUGUGAUCCUGGGGCAUAUUCAGUGUUUGGCCAAGAGAAUCUCGAACAUUGGCCAUGACAAUGGAGCAAAAACUACGGAAGAGAACUACUGUGAACUGAUUCGUUGUGUCAAUGAUCACAGGAAUACGCUUGACUACUUUUACACCUUGAGUCCAGUUGUUUCGGCCACCAUUUUUAUUCAAUUUGUUGUAGCCGCUUUUGUUUUAUGUAUAACAGCACUUUGUUUUUGUAUCUUCGAUGACCUUUCAUUCAAAGUGACCUCAUUUUGUUACCUCACGUCGAUCCUAAUUGAAGUUCUACCAUGUUGUUAUUUGGUAAGUGAAAUAAUGGAAGCCAGUACAAAUCUCACAACAGCAGUGUAUUCUUGCAAUUGGAUGGAUCAAGAUGUGAAGUUUCGUAAAGCUGUCAUAAUAUUUAUGCAACAUACACAAAAACCAAAUUCUAUAACGGCUGGAAAUAUGAUACCAAUAUCAUUACCAACUUUCAUGGGUCUUAUCCGUUUAUCUUUUUCAAUAUUUACUCUUCUCUCAAGUUUUUAAAUAUAACUUUUGGGAAACUGAACUUGGAAACGAUUUCAUCUCAAAAACACACACGAUCUGUCAAAUCAUAAUAAAAAACACACGAUCUGUCAAAUCAGAAUUUAAAAACAAACAAAGACAAGAUUUAAAAGGAGCUUAACUUUAAUAGAAAAGAGAAUAAAUUUAAAAUUGAUGUCAAAAAUGCUUAUUAUUUUUCGAA